AACAUUUCUGAUGCUGGUCCUGUGCCUGUUUACACGGCAGUCAGCCUUGUGACAUCACAGUCCAGACUUUAUAAAUGUCAGCGGGCGAAAGAAUGAGCAGCGAGCAAACAGCUGCACCGUCACAGAGGUUAGAGAGAGACACACCGAGCUCCGUCAGCAACACCAGCCCCCAUGGACCGCCUGCUGUGUGCCUGUGUGAGAGCUCUGGCUGUACUACUGUGCCUGGCUGCACAGGAGGUGUUGUGCCAGCAGUGUGACAGACCCUGCAGCUGCCCGGGACCUGUCCCCCAGUGCCCCUCAGGAGUCCCUCUGGUGCUGGACGGCUGCCGGUGCUGCCAGGUGUGUGCUCGCCAAAAAGGCGAGCCCUGCACAGAGAAGUUCCCCUGCGACAGCCAGAAAGGAAUCCAGUGCGACUUCAGUGUCAGCCUCCCCGGAGAGGCAGGGGAGUGCGUCAGUCAGGAGGAUCUGGGCUGUGAAGUCAAUGGCGUAACGUACCAAGAGGGCCAGGCGUUUCAGCCGUCCUGUGACACCUACUGUUACUGCACAGGUGGAGGUGUGAGCUGUAAGCCGACGUGUCCUCUGAAUGCCCGUCUGCCCACGCCGGACUGUCCCAACCCGCAACACAUCCGGCUGCCGGGGAAGUGCUGCAAGGAGUGGGUGUGUGAGAACCUGGAGAACACAGUGAUUCAAGACGCAAUCACAGCCAUGCGACCCCGCAGGUUUUGGCCAGCUCUCACCAGAAACCACAUUCUACACAAAGUAUUCCCGACUGCUCCUCCCUGUGUGGAGAGGAGCACCCAGUGGAGCGCCUGUUCGCAGAGCUGUGGGGCCGGGGUCUCCACACGGGUCUCCAACCAGAAUCCAGCCUGCAAGCUGCAGAUGGAAACUCGACUUUGUAAAGUCCGGCCUUGCAAUGCAGUCCAGCCCACAGCCAGGAAACCCAUGUGGGGACAGCAGGGGCGAUGCACGGCCAGCUACACCUCACCAGGUCCCAUCCGGCUCAUUCACCAGGGCUGCUUCAGCACUCAAGCCUACAAGCUCCGGUACUGCGGCCAGUGCACGGACUCGCGCUGCUGCACGCCGUAUCAAACCAGCACGGCUGAGGUGACCUUCAGGUGCCCGUCCGGCAGACUCAUACGGAGGCCCGUGAUGAUGAUCCACUCGUGUGCUUGUCACAAUAACUGCCCCUACGCACCUUACAGCAACCCGGCUCUGUGGGGAUUUAGGCCCUGAGUGAACAGAAUGGAUAGUAAGAGAAGCCUUUAUAACAACAUCACUAAAGGUGUCCUCUUAACAAUGAACAUUGAAAAAGAAAAGUAUAAAUGGAGCUAAAACUGUGAUUGAAUUGGGAUGAAUGAUGACCUUCAGACAUGUGCAAUCUCAAUCUGCACUUAUUCCCUCAUCCUAAAUACUCUUCAUCUUGUCAAACCAACUAUUUGUCAUUUUGACUUUUUUGAAGAUUAGAAAAGAUUUGGUCAAUCCAGAGAAAGAAAGUAGACAUAACUUACUGUGUACCUGUAUAUCUUAAUGUAUUAGAGUGAACUAAACUAAGUGCUCUAAGGGAAGAACAAAAAACAAAGUGGUCGACUGAGAAGACAGCAACAUGUAAAACAAAUCCAAGUAAUUCAAAGAUAAAGCAUUAAGACAAAAAUAGGGUUUUCUGAAAAAUAUGCACUGACUUACCCUCUCUAGCUCUCCUCCAUGACAACAGGUCAUGUAAUGCAUCAAGUCAAUUGUGAACUUUUAAAAACUAGACCUCGCAAACGGAGCUCAAAAUUCAGGUUGGGAUAAUCCAGAUAUGGUUUUCAGUAAGGUUUUUUUGCUCGAGUUCCUGCAUUAAAAUGUUUAGAAAAUCAUUUCUCAUUAUUCCACCAUAUAAAUAUAUGAACUGAGGACGGCUGACCAUGAUGUCAAUUUGGUCAUAAAGAUUGUUAUAAAGCAAGUUAUAUGAUUAAUAAUGGUGGUCUCUAGGAGCAGGGGCGUGGCCAGACUUUUUUUAAACUGGGGUGGCCCACCUGAGGUGCUGACUUAUGCUGGGGUGGCAUGACAUUUGUGGGCAAAUUAAUUCUUUUUUUAUACCUUUUCUAUCCCCACUAGUGAUUUGUAACAAACAAAUGUAAGAAACACAAUUUGGCAAAAUUUAAAUAUUCUUAGCCUGGUUCUUGGUGGAUUAAAAAAACAAAGAUAUAUGCAUUUAAAGUACUUAGGAAAUUGCAUGCAAGUUUUUCCUUGGACAGAGCUAAUUGUUUAUUUACAACUGAAAGUACUUCCAUUAGCCUGCUGAAAACACAGAAUAGUUGAUUUGUUCUUAAGUCCGGCCACUGAUUAGGCAAAUAGCCAAUCAUAGAUUUGGUUUGUGGGGUGGCCAUUCAGAAAUCAAGGGGGGCCCAUGCCACCCCUGGCCAUCCAUCUGGACACGCCCCUGUCUAGGAGUAUUUAUGAUCGGUUCAAAUGCUAAAAAUAAUGUUUUCUCAACUCUAAAACAGUUUCGGCAGAUGGCUGUUCAACAUGAGUCUGUUUCUGUUCGAGGAUGCUGUGCUCAUUGUGGGUCUUUGAAACAAGGCUUGAGAUUGCAUUCGUUAUGAUUUGAUGCUAAACAAAUAAUAUUAAUCGAUUGAUUUAAGUUCCUCCUACAGAAUGACUCCGACUUUGAAGUUGACAGAUGUCGUUUCCUUACGCGAGCGAUGCAGCUUUUUAACGUGUACAGUUUUGUUUGUAUGUCUGUAAUAAGAUGGUAUUUGCACUUAAUUGUUCAUUUCUCUUGUGCUGUAAAUAAUUCUGUAAAUGUUCUGAUGUAAAGUGAAAAAUGUCUCAUAAUUUUAUCAACAUGUCCUGAAUUUUUACUCUGAAGUGUUUAGGUUUAUGUUUUGUCAUGUGUACUACUCAGAGUUAUCUUUUCAUUCUGUACAUAUAGAUUAUUUUUCUGACCCUGAUGAAGCCGAAACACGUCGGUCUAAUUUGUUAAUAAAGUUGAUCUUCUUACUACAA